UCAGUACAGUCCCGGUCCCGGAGCUCCGCGCACCGCGUCCCUGCUCCUCGUGAUAAAGAAGAGUCCGGAUGGCGCCGUGGACUCUGAGCCUCCUGGUGCUGAGCCUUCAGGGCGCGGCGGCAGUGAUUCACUCUCUGAAGUACUUCCACACUGCGUCCUCUGGAGUCCCAAACUUCCCAGAGUUUGUGUCUGUUGGUCUGGUUGAUGAACAGCUGAUGCUUCACUAUGACAGCAACACCAGGAGAGCAGAACCCAAACAGGCCUGGAUGAGCAGAGUCACAGAGGAGGAUCCUCAGUACUGGAAGAGGAACACUGAUAUCUUCAGGUUCAGCCAGCAGGUCUUCAAAAACAACAUUGAAAUAGCAAAGAAACGCUUCAAUGAAACUGGAGGUGUCCACAUGGUACAGGUGAUGUACGGCUGUGAAUGGGAUGAUGAGACUGGUGAGGUCAAAGGUUAUCAUCAGCAUGGUUUUGAUGGAGAGGACUUCCUGUCUUAUGACCUGGAGACAGAGUCAUGGAUCGCUCCCAGACAACAGGCCGUCAUCACCAAACUCAAGUGGGAGCAGAACAAAGCUCUGAUGGAACACAAAAAGCACUACCUCACUCAGGUGUGUCCUGAUUGGCUGAAGAAGUAUGUGACCUAUGGGAGGAGCUCUCUGAUGAGAACAGCGCUUCCCUCGGUGUCUCUCCUCCAGAAGACUCCCUCCUCUCCAGUCCGCUGCCACGCGACCGGCUUCUACCCGCGCUCAGCCGCACUGUUCUGGAGCAAAGAUGGAAAGGAGCUGCACGAGGACGUGGACCACGGAGAGAUCCUCCCCAACCACGACGGAUCCUUCCAGAUGAGCGUCGACCUGAAACUCUCAGCAGUCCCAGCUGAAGACUGGAGGAGGUACCAGUGUGUGUUUCAGCUGUCUGGUGUGGAGGAGCCCAUCGUCAUCCCGCUGGAAGAAGCUGGGAUCAGGACCAACGCAGAGAAGCCUUCUGGCAUGACCACCAUCAUCAUCAUCAGCCUCGCCGUACUGGCUGUUCUUGCUCUCGCUGUGGGAGGAGUCAUGGCUUACAAAAAGAGGAAAGCCAAAUGCCCUCCGACUUCUGACAACAGCUCCGAGCUCUCUGAGAAGCUGAACCCUGAGACUCAGGGAUGACCUCGGCGACCUGCACACGGUUCAUGGAUCAAUCUUGCUCCGGAUCAAGAAGUGAUGUCACCACAUUCUCCUCCAUGAACUGUGAAUUCUUCGAUUAUUCAUCAUUCGCAUCGUAGAUCGAUUGAAUCGGGAGUUGGGAAUCUAGUUUAUUAUUGAUUAUUGAUUUUGAUACAAAGAAAACACGUUUCAGAAACUACGAGCGAAAACAACGGUGACGUUAAAUUAUUGGGAUCGUUUAGUUUGAAUUAAGAACAAUGUAAUUUCCUCUGAUGAAAUGUUUGUUUAAACACAACGACGAUGAUUCUUGUUGGAGAUCUUCAGAACACUGGAAGCAUCUCUCCACACAUAAGUGAGUUCAUCUCAAACAAAUCCACCAUCGAUGCACUUUAAUACUUCUGCUGUUGGGGUUUCCGCUAAAAUCAACACACACACACACACACACACAUACACAUACACAUACACACAAACACACACACACACACACACAGUUUGCUUGUAUAUUUCCUUUUUCUAGCGCCAGGACAAAGUAAAUAAUAAUUUAUGUUUCAGUGUUCACUUGUCACUGUAUUAAUCAAUCAGUUUUUUUGUUACGUAACAUCUUUAUAAAUCUUCUUGAAUAUUUAUGUCCUGCUAGCGUUUUGGGACAGAGGAGCGUUUCCUCUCUCGGUGUAAAAGGAGCUUCUCUCUCGUGUCGCUCCACUUCUUUCCUUUUGUACUUUAGUUUUGCUUUUCAAUAAAUGACCCAACACUCCAAA